AUGCGCGCGUGCGCCGCCCGCCUGACCCCACGAUGCCCCGUCGCCUCGACCCCUCGGACACAUCUCGGUUUUAGAAGCCACAGGCAACGCGCAACAUCCACAAGGCUGAUACAAACCAGCAGUCGAACUGGAGAGAGAUUCGAGCGCCGGAUACUCCAAAAUUCGGAAGCGCAACCAGCACGCGCCGUUCUUCCGGCGCUGUCUAUUGCUGGACAGAGGAGGCGAGCCUCGGUGGCCACUGCGACGACAGAAAACGGCAUCAUACAGAGCUUACAGCAUCUUCACGAUGAACUUAGGCAUUACCAAGCCCGGCCGGUCGUCCACCCAACUAUCGAGUCGUUGAAGCCCUCAAAAGGGCUGUUCUCCUUUUUCGGGGGAGGCAAGCCAAAAGCUGCGCUGCAGGAAAUACCGCCAGAUCUACCCCGAGGGUUGUACUUGUUUGGCGAUGUAGGAAGUGGCAAGACGAUGUUGAUGGACCUCUUUUACGACACCCUGCCGAGCGCUGUCCGGUCGAAAACGAGGAUACACUACCACAACUUCAUGCAAGACGUGCAUAGGCGGUUACACCGCAUGAAGAUGGAGCAUGGCAAUGACAUGGACGCCGUUCCUUUCGUUGCUGCAGACAUCGCGGAGCAUGGGAAUGUUUUGUGCUUUGACGAGUUCCAGGUCACCGAUGUGGCAGACGCAAUGAUUCUUCGGAGACUUUUGGAGGCGCUCAUGUCACAUGGCGUGGUUCUUGUCACGACUUCCAACAGACAUCCUGACGAGUUGUAUAAGAACGGCAUACAGCGUGAAUCUUUUAUUCCGGCGAUCGACCUCCUCAAGGGCCGAUUGCAUGUCAUAAACCUCGACUCGCCAACAGACUACCGUAAAAUUCCCCGUCCACCAUCCGGGGUAUAUCACACACCGCUCGACGCGCACGCUGCAGACCACGCGGAAAAGUGGUUCCGCUUCCUAGGCGAUCCCGAGGCUACCGAGCCGCACUCCGAGGUCCAGCACGUCUGGGGUCGCGAGAUUUUUGUACCCCGGGUCAGCGGCCGAUGCGCGUGGUUCACGUUUGACGAGCUGAUCAGGAAGCCGAAGUCAGCCGCCGACUUUAUCGAGCUGACGCGCUCCUAUGACGCUUUCGUCGUCACGGAUGUGCCGGGGAUGACCAUCAGGGAGCGAGAUCUGGCGCGUCGUCUCAUCACAUUCAUCGACGCUGUAUAUGAGUCGCACGCAAAGCUUGUUCUCACCACGGAGAAGCCUCUGACGGAAUUGUUCACUUCGAAGGACGAGAUUGCCGAGUCACUCCUGCAGGGGUCCGGCCAGGACGCUGGUGGCCACGAGGUGAGCCAGGUGAUGAAGGACAUCAUGGUAGACCCGGGGAAGCAGGCGGACAAGCUGAAGGGGUCCGCGCUGUUCGCCAACGACGAGGAGGCUUUUGCGUUCUUCCGCGCGUUGUCCCGCUUGACGGAGAUGGGAAGCGUGGAAUGGGUGGAACGAGGAAUGGGUCUUGAGAGCCGAGGCGGCAAGUCUGAACGGGAUGGCUUCAUGAAGGCCCGCUCAAGGCAGAUGGAGGAUUCUAUGUAG